GGAGGAUGUGUGUAGGAGGAGCAGGAACACACCUCAGGAAACACUGCAUGGACUGGACUCCACAGGUGCAGAAAGGAGGCGCCAUUAAAACUGUUGUCAACCAGACCGGGCAGCAGGGUGUUGCUAAUGUGGUUGCACGGCGAUGGAUGUGUCAAGGCAAGCGUCGUCGUGGUCAGUGGAAGAAGUGCUGGAUUGGGUACAGGGACAGUACCCUGCCUAUAUGAACCAGCUCCAUAAAGCUAUAAUCAAACAUGCUAUAUCAGGCCGUGCAUUGCUGAGAUUGAAGGAGCAUCACCUGGAGCUUCUCGGGGUGGAGGAUAAGAAACAGCAGCAGGAAAUGUUGCAGGACUUCCUCCUCCUCAGAGUUCAGGAAGAAAUCAAUGAACUCUGUGACAUCUGCUCUGAGUGUUUUUCUUCAUAAAGGACAGUAAAAUCUUCAAAUCUUUUAUCCCAUUCAUCCAUUCAACCAUUCAACCAUGUGAAGGAGAGAGAAGGGUGGGAGUGAUGGAAAUAACAAGAGAAGGUGAAUAGAAAGAAGGAUCGAUGAGAAAUGAAGAGAGAAAGAAACCCAUUUCGUGUGUGAAAUCUGACCUGUGCAGAUGGAUGAGAUUAGUUUUUGUCUGGUUGUCUUUUUCUGGUCCCUACUGUCCAUUACUCGCUGUCUUUUUCCUUUCUCUGCUGUGGGUUUGCAUCCAACUAUUGCGUUUUAAAAUAAGUGAACACAAAUUUUGACACAUUUAAUAAGGAGAAGAGCUCCAGUGUGUGUCUGGAUGAUGUUAGUCUGUCAGUCCCUUACAGUUAUUACCUUGAAUAGUAGAUAAUCCACUCAUAGCUAUAUUUAACCACACCGCGAGCAUCGUUGUAGGGAUGGUGAUGUAAGUCCAUCUCCUUUGUCCAGUAUUACAUGAAUUGUCAUGAAAUUUUAUCCAGACAGACUUGUCAUCUAGCUCUUCCAUAAAGGUCAUAUUUAUGGAUUUGAAAACUGUUUUGAUGAAUUAGAACUUUGUUACACACAUCUGUUCAUACAUCCAACUGUAUGCUAUGUUUCUUGUUCCCCACCCCCCUCUUCUCCCAUCCCUCCCCCUUUACCUCUACCCCUCUACCUCUAACCCUCUACCUCUCUACCUCCUCUGCCCUCUCAACCCGCCCGGCCAGCAGGCAGAUGGGUCCCCCCACAUAAGAGCCGGGUUCUGCUCAAGGUUUUUUUCCCUGUUAAAAGGGUGUUUUCCUUGCCACUGUCGCCUUAGGGCUUGCUCUGGGAGUCAGGCUUACGGGUUCUGUGAAGCGUCUUGAGACAAUUUGACUGUUAUUGGCGCUAUAUAAAUAAAAUUGAAUUGAAUCUGUGCGACCUUCAAGAUGAA